AUGGUCACGGGAAGACACCACCUCCCCCUCGCAGGAAUAGCAUUUGCUCUCUACCUUCAUCACCUCGUCAGCACCAUUGAAGUCCCUCUGGAUUCAAAUAUUCAGAGUGAAUUGCCUCAGCCCCCCACAAUCACCAAGCAGUCCGUGAAGGACUACAUCGUCGACCCGAGGGAUAACAUCUUCAUUGAAUGUGAAGCCAAAGGGAACCCCGUGCCCACCUUCUCCUGGACACGGAACGGGAAGUUCUUCAACGUGGCAAAGGACCCCAAGGUGUCCAUGAGGCGACGGUCGGGGACGUUGGUCAUCGACUUCCACAGCGGGGGCCGGCCGGAUGACUAUGAGGGGGAGUACCAGUGCUUCGCCCGCAACGACUACGGCACUGCCCUCUCCAGCAAAAUCCACCUCCAGGUCUCCAAAUCUCCCCUGUGGCCCAAGGAGAAGGUGGAUGUGAUCGAGGUGGAUGAAGGUGCUCCACUCAGCCUGCAGUGCAACCCACCACCCGGCCUGCCCUCUCCUGUCAUCUUCUGGAUGAGCAGCUCCAUGGAGCCCAUCCACCAGGACAAGCGUGUCUCCCAGGGCCAGAAUGGGGACCUGUACUUCUCCAACGUCCUCCUGCAGGAUGCCCAGACUGACUACAGCUGCAACGCCCGCUUCCACUUCACCCACACCAUUCAGCAGAAAAACCCCUACACCCUCAAGGUGAAAACCAAGAAACCCCAUAACGAAACGUCUUUACGAAAUCACACUGCCAUGUACAGUGCCCGAGGGAUUACGGAAACAACUCCCAGCUUCAUGUAUCCCUACGGGACCUCGAGCAGUCAGAUGGUGCUCCGAGGGGUGGACCUCUUGCUGGAGUGCAUUGCUUCAGGAGUACCAGCACCAGACAUCAUGUGGUACAAGAAAGGAGGAGAGCUCCCAGCAGGCAAAACCAAGCUGGAGAACUUUAACAAGGCUCUUCGUAUCUCCAACGUCUCCGAGGAAGACUCCGGGGAGUAUUUCUGCUUGGCGUCGAACAAGAUGGGCAGCAUCCGCCACACGAUCUCGGUGAGAGUGAAGGGUACGUCACCUUUACCUUGCCAUCUUCUCUACCUUCACAACCAGAACGGGACCCCCAGCCCUUCCAUCCAGUGGCUGGUGAACGGCGAGCCCAUAGAAGCUUCUCCCCCCAACCCGAGCCGAGAGGUGGCUGGAGACACCAUCGUGUUCCGAGACACCCAGAUCGGCAGCAGCGCCGUGUACCAGUGCAAUGCCUCCAACGAGCACGGCUACCUGCUGGCCAACGCCUUCGUCAGCGUCCUGGACGUGCCUCCACGGAUACUGGCUCCCCGCAACCAGCUCAUCAAGGUGAUUCAGAACAACAGGACCCGCCUCGACUGCCCCUUCUUCGGCUCGCCGAUCCCCACCUUGAGAUGGUUUAAGAACGGCCAGGGGAACACGCUGGAUGGAGGAAACUACAAGGCACACGAGAACGGGAGCUUGGAGAUGAACAUGGCUCGGAAGGAGGACCAGGGCAUCUACACUUGCGUUGCCACCAACAUCCUGGGUAAAGCGGAGGCCCAGGUUCGCCUGGAGGUCAAAGACCCCACCAGGAUUGUGAGAGGACCAGAAGAUCAGGUGGUGAAGAGGGGCUCCAUGCCUCGCCUCCACUGCCGUGUAAAGCACGACCCCACGCUGAAACUCACGGUCACCUGGCUGAAAGAUGAUGCACCCCUGUACAUUGGAAACAGGAUGAAGAAAGAAGAUGAUGGCCUGACAAUAUUUGGCGUGGCUGAAAAGGACCAGGGGGAUUACACGUGUGUAGCUAGCACGGAGCUGGACAAGGACUCUGCUAAAGCCUACCUCACUGUACUAGCCGUCCCUGCUAACCGUGUGAGAGAGUUACCAAAAGAACGACCCGACCGGCCCCGGGACCUGGAGCUGACAGACCUGGCCGAGAGGAGCGUGACGCUGACGUGGAUUCCUGGCGACGACAACAACAGCCCCAUCACAGACUAUAUCGUCCAGUUUGAGGAGGACCGGUUCCAGCCUGGCAUGUGGCACAACCACUCCAGAUACCCCGGGAGCGUCAACUCGGCCAGCCUGAGACUCUCUCCUUAUGUCAACUACCAGUUUCGGGUGAUUGCAGUGAAUGAUGUGGGCAGCAGCCUGCCCAGCGUGCCCUCUGAACGCUACCAGACCAACGGGGCACGUCCUGAAAUUAACCCAACAGGAGUUCAAGGUGCAGGGACCCAAAAAAACAACAUGGAGAUAACCUGGACGCCUCUGAAUGCAACUCAAGCUUAUGGGCCCAACCUCAGGUACAUCGUGAGAUGGAGGCGAAGGGACCCCCGGGGCAGCUGGUACAACGAGACAGUGAAGGCACCGAGGCACGUUGUCUGGAACACACCCAUCUACGUCCCCUACGAGAUCAAAGUGCAGGCAGAGAAUGAUUUUGGCAGAGCCCCCGAGCCCGACACCGUCAUCGGCUACUCAGGGGAGGAUUAUCCCAAGGCUGCGCCGACGGAUGUUAGGAUAAGAGUUCUAAACAGCACUGCCAUUGCUCUGACCUGGACCCGGGUGCACCUGGACACCAUCCAGGGCCAGCUCAAGGAGUACAGAGCCUAUUUCUGGAGAGACAGUAGUUUGCUGAAGAACCUGUGGGUCUCCAAAAAACGGCAGUAUGUGAGUUUUCCUGGAGACCGAAACCGGGGCAUAGUGUCCCGGCUGUUUCCUUACAGCAACUACAAGCUUGAGAUGGUUGUAACCAACGGGAGAGGAGAUGGGCCACGCAGUGAAGUUAAGGAGUUCUCCACACCAGAAGGAGUGCCCAGCUCCCCCAGGUAUUUAAGAAUCCGACAGCCCAAUCUGGAAAUCAUCAAUCUGGAGUGGGAUCAUCCAGAGCAUCCCAAUGGAAUCCUCACAGGAUACAGCCUUAGAUAUCAAGCCUCCACCACGACCUGCCUUUCCUCCCCAGUCAACGGAUCCAAAACGGGCCGAACCGUGGUGGAGAACUUGUCUCCCAACCAGACAAAGUUCACCCUGCAGAGGACAGACCCCAUCUCGCGCUAUCGCUUCUUCCUGCGCGCACGGACCCAGGUGGGAGAAGGAGAAGCCCUAGUGGAGGAGUCGCCAGCCCUGCUGAAUGAAGCCACGCCAACCCCAGCUCCAACUGGGCUGCCUCCAACUACCAUCGAUCUAACCAGUCCUACUACAGCCACCCCAACUACCACCACCACCGUCACAACUACCACCACCACCGACACAACCACCACAACUACCACCACAACUACCACCACAACUACCACCACCACUCCAGCCGCCACCGCCGCCAGCACCACGGCAGCUGCAGAGAGGGCUCCGGCAGCCACCACAAAGCAGGAGUUGGCCACCAAUGGAUCGUCCAUAUGGGACAUAAGAGCUAUGGCUAAUAGUAACUGGGCAAACAUCACCUGGAGCCACAAUUACUCGGCAGGAACUGACUUUGUGGUUAAGUAUAUCACCAGUAACAAGACAGAGAAAUCUAUCCCUGUUAAAGCUCAGACCCCUUCCUCUGUGCAGCUGGCGGAUCUGACGCCGGGAAUGAUGUACAAGCUGUGGGUGUUCCCCAUAUGGUCUAGCCCCAGCGAGCACUCGUACAUAACCUUUACCACCAGCUCAGCUUACACCAAGAAUCAGGUGGACAUUGCCACGCAGGGCUGGUUCAUCGGGCUGAUGUGUGCCAUAGCUCUCCUGGUCCUCAUCCUCCUCAUCGUCUGCUUCAUCAAGAGGAGCAGGGGCGGGAAGUACCCAGUACGAGACAAUAAAGACGAGCAUCUAAACCCUGAAGACAAGAACGUAGAGGAUGGCUCGUUUGACUACAGGUCUCUUGAAAGCGACGAAGACAACAAACCCCUGCCAAACAGCCAGACCUCCUUGGACGGCACGAUAAAGCAGCAGGAGAGCGACGAUAGCUUGGUGGACUAUGGAGAGGGGGGAGAAGGGCAGUUUAAUGAGGACGGCUCCUUUAUCGGCCAGUACACGGUGAAGAAGGACAAAGAGGAGACCGAAGGCAACGAGAGCUCGGAAGCCACCUCCCCAGUCAAUGCUAUCUACUCGUUGGCAUAA